UCAUCGGAUCAUUGGCAGAAGGGCAAGAAGAAGAGCAAGCAAUCACCUGCGAAAAAGAAAUAAAUUGCCAAGAAAUGUUAAAGACCUUGUAGUGCGGCUGUUUGGCGUGCGUUGAAAUGAUUCCUGGCGACCAGUAGAAGCAUUUAGUGACCACGCAACUCAUCCCCCAUCCCCCGCUGCAACGGUUAAGCCACUGGACAAAGGCCAGCCUACAACAACACCACAAAGACAGCCACGGCUUAUUGGCACCCACACAAACACACACGCACACACUGCGUAGAAGGCAACAACAACUGUGAAACGGAGGCCUUCAAUUGCUGGAAAAAUGGAAGCGGACGGACUAACCAACGAACAGACGGAGAAGGUGCUUCAGUUCCAGGAUCUCACCGGCAUCGAGGACAUGAACGUGUGCCGCGACGUCCUUAUCAGACACCAAUGGGAUCUCGAGGUUGCUUUUCAGGAGCAGCUGAACAUCCGCGAGGGUCGCCCCACAAUGUUUGCUGCUUCCACGGAUGUACGAGCGCCCGCUGUGAUUAACGACAGAUUCCUGCAGCAGGUGUUUUCAGCCAACAUGCCCGGGGGAAGAACAGUGAGCCGGGUGCCGAGUGGCCCUAUACCCCGCAGCUUUACAGGGAUCCUUGGCUAUGUGAUCAACUUCGUUUUUCAAUAUUUCUACUCCACCCUGACGAGCAUCGUUAGUGCGUUUGUAAACUUGGGCGGUGGAAAUGAAGCACGCUUGGUAACAGAUCCGCUGGGCGAUGUAAUGAAGUUUAUUAGGGAGUACUACGAGCGGUAUCCGGAGCACCCCGUCUUUUAUCAAGGUACCUAUGCCCAGGCCCUGAAUGAUGCCAAGCAGGAGCUACGUUUCCUUAUCGUCUACCUGCACAAGGAUCCUGCCAAGAACCCUGAUGUGGACUCUUUCUGCCGCAACACACUAUCGUCAAGAUCAGUCAUUGACUAUAUAAACACACACACCCUGUUGUGGGGCUGCGACGUGGCCACUCCGGAGGGUUACCGGGUGAUGCAGUCGAUCACGGUGCGCAGCUAUCCACUAAUGGUAAUGAUCAGUCUUCGUGCAAACCGCAUGAUGAUCGUCGGUCGCUUUGAGGGGGAUUGCACACCUGAAGAGCUGCUGCGUCGCCUUCAGUCAGUGACGGCCGCCAAUGAAGUGUGGCUAAGUCAAGCUCGUGCUGAUCGCUUGGAGCGUAAUUUCACACAGACUUUGAGGAGACAGCAGGACGAAGCGUACGAGCAAAGUUUACUUGCCGACGAGGAAAAGGAGAGACAGCGCCAAAGGGAACGGGAUGCAGUGCGGCAGGCGGAGGAGGCCGUAGAACGAGCACGUCGCGAUGUGGAGCUGCGCAAGGAAGAAAUAGCCCGGCAGAAGAUCGAACUGGCCACGCAGGUGCCAUCGGAGCCGGCUGUGGAUGCAGUCGGGGCCAUUGCAGUCGUUUUUAAACUGCCUAGUGGAACACGCCUUGAGCGCCGCUUUAACCAAACGGAUUCGGUGUUGGAUGUUUAUCACUAUCUCUUUUGCCAUCCCGAUUCACCGGAUGAGUUCGAGAUCACAACGAAUUUUCCGAAAAGAGUGCUCUACUCGAAGGCGGACGUUGAUGCCGCCGAGGGUGCUGACAGAGCCAACGAGACGCUGAACAAGAGCCUCCAGGACAUGGGACUGAAGAAUCGCGAGGUGCUGUUCGUAAAUGAUCUGGAAGCGUAACCAAGCACCACCUACCAAAUGAUAGCAUCAUCGUGUUACCAGCUGCAACGCAUUACCAAAACUUGAACCAAGUUUUAUGUAGUCGUAGUCAACGUCCAAGUCGGAGGAUAAACAGAGAAACUAUUCCUAAUUUAAUCAUGAAUAUUAUUAUAAAUAAUUGUUUAACAAUGUUUUAAGUUGAUUCUCUUGUAAUCUACAAACCACCACCCACCCGUUCCUCCUUUAAACAUUCACACAUAAGUAAAAGUCUUUUCCAGAAUAAUUUCCAAGUUCCACAUUUUUAGUUUCUUUUUAAUUAAGAAUUUUUUGUUAUGUUUAGCUGUACUUAUACUUCCGUCUAUUUAACCAAAAUAGAGCCAGAGUCUUGUUAGUUGACAAAGAGUUUGAAUUUAACCUGAAUGUGGUCGAAUGAAAUAAAUUGAAGUUAUCAAUAA